UGUUUUAAUUUCUUUUUCAUUUACAAGCAAUUUUUUUUUUUUGUAAAUCAUCUGUAAUUAUUUUUUUCGGGUGCUUAUCUGUACACAUAAAAUUGUGUUAGAAAUCAAUAACAUCGUAUCAACACAAAUUAACAUUACUUUCACUACAUUAAUUUUAUUCAAAAAAUCAAUGAUUUACCUAUUACCAGCCAUAUGUCUUUAUAUAAAACUUGUUGAAGCCACCAAUAUAUCCAGCGGUUUUUUGAUGACGCUUUCUUAUAUAAAUGGCUCUAGUAAAAAUUCUUCUCCAAAAUGUUUGAUGAGGGAAACAUUUUCUAAAAUUCCUAUCGUGAAAAGUGUUUCAUGUACAGCACUUUUUUCAGAAAAUCCUGCGGCUCACUGGUAUUGGUUUGAGGAUGGAACUAUUAGAACAAAAGAUAAUUUUUGUUUGACAAGAAAUCCUUCACUAGCCUCACGUACUCCACUCCCACUGCGUAUUCCUAUAUAUCUUGAGGGAUGUAGUAAAAAUAAAGCAUAUCGCCAACAACAAUGGCAACAUCAUGAGAAUCGUUUUUUACCCUGCCAUGAAAAAAAAAAGGUUGCAGACAACAUUGUGCAGUUAUCUGAAUGGAGUCAAACCACUCUUAUUGGAGAACCAAUAAGUCUAUUGGAUAAAUACAACUACCAGCGACCUAUCGACGAAAAUUCAAUGAGGUUUAUAGAGGCUCGUCGCUUUAUACCGAAUGAUUCGGAGGAUAUACCGCGAAUACAAUCGUACUCACAACUAUCUUUCAACAAAUCAAAAGAACUGAAUUCAUGGAUUGAAAAAAUCAAUUUAAUAGUAAAAGAUAUUUACCACGAUUUCCACUCUACACCAGCCCAUAUAGGUCGAGGAGCUGCCUUUCAAAUAAGAGAGUCAACUACAUUGGAAGAAUCAGCCACGUUAUUGUUACCAAAAUUUAAGUUGACUCCUGAAUUGCUUGAUAACGUUGAAAUCAAUAAUGGAGUUCCUCUAAGCGUUCGUGCAUCUGGCUAUAUAGUUGCUCCAGAGGAUGGAAAUUAUUCUUUUUUUGUUAGUGAUUUAAAUAGCCAAUUGAAAUUGACGGUCAAUGGACAAAAUAUUAUCAAUCAAUGGGCAGCACCGCUUUUGGGCUACGUCAAAUCGUCUCCAUCUCUUCCCGUUAAACAAGGAGAUGUACUGCACGUUGAUAUAAGCGCAACAGGUGUUAUGGGGUUGCCGCAAUUCACUUUGAAAUGGAUGAUUAAUGAAAAAGAACCCAUGGAAGAGAUACCUGUUGAUAAAAUUUCUCCAAGCCUCCUUGAACCCAUUUGUCCUUUAAGUACAAUAAAACGUAUCUCUUGUUCGACUACUUUUGAAAAGAUAGAAAGUAAACAAAAAGUAAACAAGGUAAAGUGUCCUAGUGGAUGUCUUUUUAGUAAAAACAAGAUUCCUCCUAUCUAUGGAAGUCCUGGUUGCUAUUCUUUAUCCAGUUCUGUUUGCAUGGCUGCUAUCCACAGUGGAGUUAUUUCCGAGAGAGGUGGAGCGAUUCUUAUCGAAAUUGAUAGGGAAAUUGAAAAGGCUCAAUAUGAAGGUGUUCCAGGGUUUAUUAUAGCAUCUGAAGAUGGCCCGGCUGAUUCAGGUAAUUUUCAUUCGUUGAAAAUCUCAGUUACUAAUGUUAAUUUAUUUGCGUGUUUAUCAGGCUGUGGCUCUGUAUCGAUGCCUGUGGAGGAUACUUCAGUAAACUUUUUAGAGGAAGUAGAAGUUGUGAAUUUGAACGAUAUACUUAACAAAAAGAUAGUUGAUGCAAAAUGGUCUGGAAUGAAGGGUAUUCCUACAGGUUACAAAUUUUUGUUGUUGGGGAGACAAGAAAGUAACUCGAACUAUAUUACAAAUGUUCGACUAGAAUGCGAUAAUUCUCCAUCGCAAAACCUUUUUGGUAGUUUAAGAGAAAACUCCGUUGAGAUUGGUACCGACGCGCGUUUACUCUAUAGUCUCUCCAUUGAUAAGCCGACAAUGAUUUUGGCUAAUAUGUUUCUCAUCACGAGUGGAUCAGAAACCGAUCCUUUACCUGUAUCAAGCAAUUGGAAUCGUUUCACAUGUCAAACAUUAGAACAAACCAUUUCUCUAUACGUUCAAUAUACCGAACGAACGCACGAAGCACUGUAUCCAAGUGCAACGAUUGAAUGUGAAACAAGCUUUGCGGACCUUGCUUCCCCUUUGUCUACCUUUGUCGUGCAAUGUCCUCGCUUUUGUAUCAAAAGUCUUGCGCCAGUAAUAGGUCAUCACACAUAUGCGGCAGGCAGUUCUGUGUGUCGAUCAGCAAUUCAUGCUGGCGUUAUAGCUCAUGCUGGAGGCAAUGUCAUGGUAACAAGGUUACCAAUAUCAGAGAUCGUUUCAUGGAGUUCAAAUCGCAACGGAAUUACGUCACAAAAAGAAACUAGAAAAACUACCUUGUUUACCGUGGAUAUAAAUUCAGGAAGGCACUGCCUUUAUCCUGAGAAUACUGGAAACCUUGUUCACUUUCCUCAAAGUUCGCCGGACAAUAAAAGUUGGGAAUCGUUUCGUCAAAAACAUCAAACUAUAAGACCACAUAAUUUUUCCUUCUCUACUGUCAAAAAGACUAAUGAAUUGUGGAACUUUCGUCAAGAGCCAAAGCUCUCCUCAGAUUCAAUCGUUUCGUCUAAUAUUGCAAACGAAACAGAACAUAUUGCAAAUACUCUUCAACAAACUACGAUCAAACUGGAACAUUAUAACGACGCAAUCAAGCUAAUUGAAUCCCUUAUACAUACAAAACUAAGAGAGAUUGAACAAAGUAUACUUCAACUAGAAACGGAAUUAAGCACUAGUUCACCAAAAGGACCUCCAGCAUUCUCAGAUUACGACAAAUCAAACGUUUUGUAUAACGACUGGCUUGUUGUGGACGCUCCUGAUGCAGCUCUUGGCCCUUCUGCAUGGUAUUUAUCCACACAAACUAGUGAAGGGUUAGUAAAGGGAUUAUAUCAAACUUCAUCUAUUGUUUCCAACACGUCUUAUGGUUCAUUUUUGGUAUACCGUCACCAUUCUUACAACAAGGGAUUCAUAAGCGCUCGAUUUCAGUUAUCCGAUGAAGGAUACGGAACAUUUGGUUUCAUAGUCAAAUAUUUCAACGAUAAAAAUUUUAUUGCACUUGACAUUUCUAAAGUAGCUUCCGGAGACUGUUUCAUUUCUAUUCGUCAAAUGGAAAAUGGCAUCUUGAGUCCACCACAUAAUCCUGUUACUUACACAUUACCAACUUCUCGCUGGAUUCGUGCUUCCGCAGAUUUUUCACCCAGCUUAAUACGAUUCUUUGUAAAUGAUGGGGAAGUCAAAACGGGUCUUAAGUUAAAGAAGGCAUUCAUGGGUGGUUACGUAGGAUUUCUUACUAGAGGAUUAUCUUCACAAACUCAUGUUAUUUGGGAUACAAUUCUUUGCGGGCCUCUAUGGGAAGAAUCUACUUUUUCUUUACAAAAUGCUUUUGGCUCUGAGUAUGAGAAAUUACAAAGCAUCACGUUAUCCGAUAACACUACUGAAGUUAAUCCCAUGUUUCCCUUACCCGUCCACCAUAAUAUUACGUCUAUACCUUCUAAUGAAAACGCAUUUCCUACCUUCAAUGCAACGACCGAGCUUUAUAUAAAUGAUGAGAACAUGGUAGAUACACAAGCAAGCGAAGAGCUGAUUUUAAAACACACAGCAGGAUGCGUAUCAGAAAUGAGUGAUUCAUUAACAUCUCAACAUGACGAAAUUUGGUCUCCCUUUUGUGAAACACCCGCACCAAGUACUUGGUUAUAUCAAAAAUCCUUUCUUAAAGGAACAUCUUGCUCUGAAAAUAAUUCGGCUUAUCUCUUGCUGAUUCCUACACUAUGUACCAACACAGACUUCGAUUCAUCUUCUCUUAGUCUUAAAUUAAAACAUCAAUCGAAAGCAGGAAUGAUUUUUCGAAAAAAGUCUCAAACGGAUUAUUUUUACGUAUUUGUUGACAUAAAUGAGAACACUGGGCCGCAGGUUGGUAUAGAAGAUAGAAAUGAAGCGGAAUCUCAAAUUUUUCUUACUGGUACACAAAAUCAUUUAAUGUCCGACGUCUGGUAUCAGUUACACGUUACCGAUUAUAAGUCGUAUAUAACGGUUCUCUUGGACAACCGUCUUGUUCUUCAAGUUCGCACCCGAAAUGGGAAUGGUGGCUACGGAUUGAUAGUGGAACGAGGAUCAGCUGACUUUCGUGGUUUUCAAUGGAAUCAUCCUCCAAGACAAUAAAACGUCUUUGUGACAUUGAAUACAAUUUUUUAAUCGGUCCUAACACCACUGUUACAAAAAAAAGAUGAAUAUAACUUUUUGAACAGUGUGUUACCAUGCAAAAGGUAUAAAAAUAAUUUUUUACGCAGUUUCUAAAGGAAUUGUUUUUUGGACUGGGUAAAACCGGGCAACAACUUUUUAAAAAAUGUAUCAUUGGAUUACAAGUUAAUUCAACUUUUUGUAAAGUUAUCAAAGGGUAUUUUUUUUUUAUCUUAAUAAAAUUUUUAAUUAGACUAUAGAAAUUCUCUUGUUAUCAUAACUCUAAAAAAGAAAAGAAUCGUGUAUUUUGUUUUAUUCGACUAAGUCCUUUAAUUUAUACCUGUUUAAAUGUAUGAUUUAAAAAAAUUCAAACCUAUCGUUCAAAUUUAAAGGAAACGGAGGAAAGAGACUACAUGCAAUCUUAGUAAGGUUAGGAAGCUAAAUCCAAAGUAUGAAUGUAUUUCUGUGUGAUGUGAAAGUGGUGGUGCAUAUUUUUUCUUGCGUA